CUUACACAGCCAACGGUGUGUGCUGCCGUUUUCAGUGCUUUAACUGAAGCGCUGCUCGGAGGAGGGCGGAGUGUGUUUGCGAGGAUACCGAGCCAAAAAAAUUGAAUUAUUUCUAUAUUUUGUACCGAGCAGAAGACAGAAAUCCGUUUCGACGUCCGCAUGGAUUGGAUCUGUUUAUCAGAAUCGGAGGAAAUCUGAUCUACACAAAGCGACGAAGCGACAGGAUACUGUUGUAACAUCACACAUCACACAGCAGCGAGACAAAUGUAACGGUGUGUUAAGGAAAAACAACAACAACAAACCAGCAGAACAGGAAGCAGGAGUCAGGUGGGACUGCAGCCUCUACAGGUGCAGGAGGAAGAGGAUGCUGUGAGAUCGGUGAGGCUCAGACGCUGAAGCUCGCGCAGGUUGAAGGAUAUGGCGGUGAUCAGACUGUCGCUGCUGCUGCAGGUGGGCUUCGUUGUGGGCGCGCACUGCUCAGCUCUGGCACCGAGAACGGACGAGCAUCAUCAGCUUCAUCAUCAGCAUCAGUAUCAUCAUCAUCAUCAACAUCAGCAGCAGCAGCAGCAGCUCCAGCAUCAGCAGCUGCCGAGGGUCGUGGCUGCGUUUCUGCACACGGGCGACCCGUCCGCGCUCGAGCGCGCCAACUGCACCGGGAGGUACGAGCUGAGCGUGCUGCGGGCCGGGACGCGCGCGCACCCGCACCCCGCCGCCCGCCCCGCGCUGCACGCUCUCACGCACGCCGCCAGCUUCCUGCGGGCGCUGCUGAGGGAGCGGGAGCGGGAACGGAACCUCGUGCGCGACCUGGAGUGGUGCCGCGCGCUCGUGCGUAGCGUCGUGGACGGCGACGCCAGGAUCUACCGCGCCGCCGUCGUGUUCGAUGCCACGUCCGCGUCCGCGUCCGCCUCCGCUGCCACCGGCUCCGCGGCUCACCCGCCGCGCGUCUUCCUCCAGGCCACGCGCCGCGGCGGAGACGUCGUGCUGCAGGACCUGUCCGCGUCGGCGCGCGACUUCUUCCGAAACGAGACCGCCGACACCGAGUGGUACCACGCGCACAGGCGCAAGACGCGACACGGGGAGGAGGGUCACGUGGAUGAAAGCACGCACGUGAAGUGGUCGGCUCCGUUCCUGGAGUGCGAGGCCGGGAGUUUUGUCCCUCGGUGGCUCCUGAGCUUGUCCACAGGCUUUCACGGGCUGAAGCCGAACCUGACGCCUGAGUUCAGGGGAGUUGUUCGUUUGGAUAUCAGCCUGCAGGACGUGGAUAUCGAUCAGUGUUCCACUGACGGCUGGUUCGCAGGAACUCACAGGUGCAACCUGACCAGCAUGGAGUGCCUCCCCAUCUCGGGUCACGGCUUCGUCCUGGACAAAUACAAAUGCCAGUGCAAGAGUGGCUUCUACCAUCCCAGCAGAGUAGCCAUCAACGGCGUCAAGAGGAAGGCUGUGAGCACACAGGACCCUGCGGGUUCCAGCCUGUGUCUGCCCUGUCAGGAGGGCUGUGUGCACUGCAAGGACGAUACACCAUGUGUGGCUCAGGGUGAAGGAUAUCUACGUAUCGCCGUGCUGGCCUUCCAGGGCAUCUGCAUGCUGCUGGACUUCAUCAGCAUGGUGCUGCUUUACCACUUCCGCAGGAACAAGAGCAUCAGGGCUUCAGGUCUGGUUCUGCUGGAAGCCAUCUUGUUUGGAGCACUCCUUCUCUACUUCCCUGGGGUGGUUCUUUACUUCCAGCCCAGUGUGUUUCGCUGCAUCCUGCUCAGAUGGGUGCGCAUGCUCGGCUUCGCCACCGUGUACGGAACCGUCACGCUCAAAUUAUACAGGGUUCUGAAGGUGUUCCUGUCUCGCACGGCUCAGCGGAUCCCGUACAUGACCAGCUGGAAGGUUCUGUGCCUCUUGUGCAUCAUUCUCCUGAUUGUGCUCUGGUUCCUGGUGGCGUGGACUUUGGCCGUGUGCCAGAACCCAGACUGGCACUUGGCACUGAUCACCGUGGGCUUCACCCCAGAGGGUCUGCAGUUCAGUAUGUGCCUGCUGGACCGCUGGGAUUACAUGAUGGCAGUGGCUGAGUUCCUGUUCCUCCUGUGGAGUGUGUAUCUGUGUUAUGCCGUGAGGACGGUGCCUUCAGCCUUCCACGAGCCGCGCUACAUGACCAUCGCAGUGCACAAUGAGCUCAUCAUCUCCGCUAUAUUCCAUGUGAUUAGAUUUACUUUUGCAUCGGAGCUGCACCCUGAUUGGAUGCUUAUGCUGUUCUUCGCUCAUACUCAUUUGACAGUGACAGUUACACUGGGGCUCUUACUCUUCCCAAAGUUUCUGUUUGCGGGGACACACCUGAGGGAUGACAUAGCAACUGAGGCCUAUGAGGAUGAGUUGGACAUGGGACGGUCAGGGUCAUACCUGAACAGCAGCAUCACAUCUGCAUGGAGUGAACACAGUCUGGACCCAGAGGACAUACGGACACCAGACGAAAUGGGCCAGCUCAGUUCUAUUAAUGGCUGUGGCGUAAGGUCUUGCGACAGUCUUUGGGAAAAAUAUACCAAUGAGGAGCUAAAAAAGCUAUAUUCUCAGUUGGAGAUCUAUAAACGGAAAAAGAUGUUGGCCAACAACCCGCACCUGCAAAAGAAACGCAGCUCCAAAAAAGGCCUGGGGCGCUCCCUCAUGAGACGCAUCACCGAGAUCCCAGAAACUAUGGGUCGCCAGCAUAGCCGCGAGGACAAGGAGCUAGGCGAGCAUGGUAGUAACCGCAACAGCAUUUGUGUCCUGAGGAAGAAUCCUUUCGAGCCAUCACAUUCAGCAAAACCUGCCAAGGAGGAGUCCCUGAAGAACAAGGUCUUCUCCCUGAAGAAGUCACACAGCAGCUACGAUCAUGUGCGAGACCAGAGCGAGGACUCUAGCAGCUCAGCAACUGAUAAGAUGGAAAUAUCCACCACAGAGGGAUCUCUUCUUGAAACACUGAUGGGUAAGAAGCUGGUAAAGAAAAAGUCAUCGGAGAAGAUUGACGUUGCCAGCGAGUCAACUGAGUCAGUUCCUUUGGUCUGUAAAUCAGCCAGCGCUCACAAUCUGACGGCUGACAAGAAACCUCUUCACCCAAGGACAUCCAUGUUGCAGAAGUCACUCAGCGUCAUUGCCAGUGCCAAAGAGAGGACCCUGGGUCUAGCGGGAAAGACCCAGUCCAUAGAGGACCCCAACAAAAAUAUUCAACAAAAGAACAAAGAAGCUAAAAGCCCUGUUGAAAAUGAAGAGAACUAUACCAAGAUGAUCAUCAGCCAGUCAGUAGAAUACAAGCAGACAGCUGGCAAAGCUGGAAUAAUGAAACAUCAGGUUAGUGAAAGUCAACUGUCCAUCUGCUCUGAGCCAGCGAAAGGCAAAGACGUUUAUAAUAUUUCUGAGGUGUGUCCUUGGGAGUUAGAGGAUUUGCCCACUCCCUCAGAGAACAGGGUACAAAAGCAUGUGUCCAUUGCUGCUGAAGAGUCCACCACGAUCCACUCAAACAGCACCAAGGCAGCCAAACAGCAGAAACAGAAAGGCACAGGUCAGUCACCUUCAUCAACCCGACGACCCAACCAGAAGCCCAUUGACAGAGCAGAUAUCUGUUCUUGGGAGGAGGGUAGUAAAGAAAGCCAAGGUCAAACAGACGGGACAAAACCAAAUUUCUCCAGUCAACCUGCUCAGUCUCAAAUACAGACAUCUACAGACAGAACCAAAUCUCAAAAAGCAGAUGUAUGUCCAUGGGACUUUGACGAAUUGCCAAAAAAAUCUAUAGACUCAACUUACUACACUGAUCAGGGCAGAAGCAAAACUACGUCUGCAGAGGCCAAAACCAAAUCAAGCACAGCUGUGACGGACGUCAAAGGCAAGGGCACUAUUCUAACUGAGGGAAAAGCAAAAGAUAUUCUUCCUGAGACAAAAUCUUCAGGAAGCUCUCUGCAGACAUCUUCCAAGGAAGACACCUGUCCAUGGGAUUACGAAUCCACAAGCCCCACCUUGGAAAAGAUUCCCAGCCUUUCUCAGGUUUCUAAAAUGAAAGAGACCACUGCUACAAAGAAGGGUACAGCCCCUAUGAGAACAUUCCAGAAAGAAAAAGAGAAGACAAAGGGUACAGAAGAUGAGAAAGUCAAAACAAAGUCAAGAGACAAGUCUUCUUCAGGUAAACCAACAGAGAGACCUCUCAGCCAAGCCAAACUGGCUGAGAUUUGUCCUUGGGAUGAGGACAGUAGUCAUGACAUGGGUGCGAUGGAAAAACAGAAAAGUCCAAACACUGCAAUAGGGAAAACCAAGCAAGCUGCUAUAUGUCCGUGGGAUUUUGAAGAUCCAGCAACAACUAAAGAAGUGACCAGAAACACUGGUUCCUCUAUAGCGAAACAGAGAAGUCCAAAUUCGAAAGGAGUUCCUAGCGGUGCCAAAAUGGCAGACGUAUGCCCAUGGGACUUUGAUGACCAAACGUCAACGAAAAAAGCAUGACACUUGAUCAAUAUGGACAACUAAAAACGUAGUUCUCAUCGUACGUGCAUUGUGUCAUCUUAUAAAACCCUGGAAUACAAACUCUAGAUAUCAUUUAUGGUGACUUCUGGGAAUAAAAUUAAGUCGCACAAGCUGCCUUUCUUUACAAUAUUUUUUUUUCUUUGUGCUUUUUGAAAAAAAAGAAGAAAUUAAAACUAAAAAAAGCAACAAAAUCAUCAAGCAUUCCAGAUUCUUACAAAGUACUCUUUAAUCACAAACAGUAGUCUGAGAAUUAUGCAACUCUUUAUGUGCAAUGUAGAACAACCUGCCUUCCCUCAUCACAUAUAUCCUUAUUUAUUAUUCUGAAUUUUCUUAAUUCCAUAAUAGCUGCAUCUGUAGCAUGGUCGUUUUGACUAUGUCAGUCAUAUGGGAUUGUACAAUUAAUUACACGUUCCUGCAAAAUCGGAGCGCCUGGAAAUAAUCUAUGUAUUUUAACAAUACUCAGAAGGAGCAUGCAUGAAUUGUCUUAGGAUAAGCAUGAUCUUUGGUGUUUUAUGUCAAAGUUGGUUUGGAAGUGACGUUUAAGAAAUUGCCAAAGACAGAAGUGACGUACAACGGUAUCGUGUGAGUAAUACACAAGAGUACUCAAAUGCAUAUCAAAUGCAAAUCUCUUUACAUUUCUGUUGUGAACCCAAUUCAUGUGGUUGCUUGUGGGGAAAUUAGCCUGUAGCACUUUAGUAACUAGUAUAUUCUCUGAAAAAAAGAGGUGUGUGUAUGGACAUACUGUCACUGCAUCCAUGUUAAUCGAAUUAUUUGUGUUUAUUUAUCGGGUCAUUCUCACACGGAACGUGUAUGUAACCUUCUGACACACAUUGUCCACUAUAGUUGUAAUAUUCCUUUAAGUCAAAACACCCUUUCAAUGCUUCCAAAUUUGCUGGUAUGAAUGUGCCUAUAUGAAGAGUCUUGUAUCAGUCCUACGUCGUAUUAAGGGAAAGCACAGCUCCUAUCCCUGUCCUGUGUUUACCCAAUUAUACGCUGAGAGUCAAAUAAGAGCCAAACCAACACAUUUCAUAACUGACGAAAAUGCAAAUGCAGUCAUUUUAACUGGAAUUAUUGGCACCCUUCAGGAAAAUGAAUAUAUAAAAUGAAUAAUACAUGCCAUGAGUGAUAUUUUAAACAUAAACAUAUAAAGUAAAGCCUCACCCCUGGUUCAUAUUAGCAAGUGACAGAAAAAAACAGUUGACUAUUAUAUUUAGAUAUUUUUAUAUUUAUAUAUUUUACAUACAACAGGGACUCACGAUUUCUGAGCCGAAGCUACAAGCGACAUUUGAACUGAGAUCUUCUCAACUAUAUGCAAAUUGCAAAAAUGAUUCCUCGGACCAAUCCUAUGGCGCAUGUGGUACGACGUUUCUUCAGUUCCCCAUUCUCACUUACGUUCCCACCUGUAAUUAGUUCCCAUUUCCUGUUUGAUGCACAAAAUGUAAGAAAAGCGUAUAACCCUGGUUUCAUCUCACCCUGCCAUAUACUUCUCUUAUUAAAUGUGUAGAGACAUUACGAAGAUAAAUAAAGCUUAGAAGGAAGUAGUAGAGAUUGUAGGCACCUGAACAGGAUAAAGUGGAUAUUGAAGAUGAAUGAGUGAAUGAAUGAAUGAUUUCAUCAAUCUUCACAAAAGCCCCUAAAGCGUUAA